AUGUCAGUCUCCGAUUGGGCUGCUCUCUUCCCGCCGGAUCAAAUUCCCUACCACUGGGACAAAGUCCCCAUAGUGGGAAAAAGCCUGGCAUUUCUCAUCGCCAACUAUGUCCUCGAGCCAGUCGUGAUUGCUGUGGUUGCCCUGCGGUUCUACUCGCGUACGACGAUGGGGACACUUGGCUGGGACGACUGGUUCGUGUUGAUAGCCAAGAUACUUUGCAUAUGCACCUUGACCGUGGUCACAAGCUUAAGCUCCAUCGGAUCCGGUUAUUACGUCGAACAAGUCGCCAUGAAUCUGUCGACAGUCUACCUAUUGAUCUUCAUCCUUCAAGGUUUCUUCCUCUUCGCCAACAUGACGGUCAAACUGAGCGUUUGCUUCUUCUACCUGCGCGUCUUUGUUGAUACUAUCUGGAAUCUGAACAUGCGCACGUCCGACAAACUUGGUCUCGCGCUCGCUUUCUCCAUCGGUAUCGGCAUGACCGUCGUCGGCAUUAUCCGUGCCAUCUACGUAUCGACGACCUCCGUGAAAGGCGACAUCACAGCGACGCUACUCACGAAUCUCUUCCUCACAGUGAUUGAGCAGCAGCUGGCUAUCAUAACCGUCAGUAUACCCAUGCUUCGCCCGCUCUGGCGACGAUAUAGGGGCCGGCUGGGCGGCUACAGUCUCGAUGAAAGUGAGCAGGCGAACAAGGACAGCCUGCCCAACGGCACGUUUGACGGAUCUGGUGCGAAAGGGAGGCGCUUGCCUCGGCGCAGGAAUAACAAUACAAUGUUGGAUUCGAAAUUUGAGCUUGGGACUGUCUUAGGCGAGGAGAGACAUGCAGAGGGACGCACUGCCGAUCAGAAGAGCCUACCAAAUGCAGCUUCAUGGGAUGCCGUGGACUCAGGGUCAUAA